AGGACGAAAUGACAUUUUGUUCUUGUAUCAGCUUUCUUCAUCGAAUAGAUCAGUUUGUGUCAGGAAACCGGGUUUUCGUGAGAAUCGUUUUUCUCGUAAAGUUGGGCCGCUAAAGUAUAUAGUUUGGCCGCAGUAUCGUUCCAAUGCAGGCAUAGGUUACCUCGGCUUUUUCAUUCCUUGAAUCAAAUUCAAACGCAUAUCACCUUAAAUGGGAAUCCGACGCUCGUUUCGUUUAACCUGACGAUGUAUGUGCAUGUAACAUCAUGUAUGUUUUGCGAUUGUAUGCUUGAUGUGUGUACGUUUUUCUCAGCGAGGCUACAUGUAUGCGUGUACGUGCCAGGUGUGUGGAUGCUGUUGUCGAUGCGUGUAUAUUCAUGAAAUGUUUAGAAUUGUCGCUUAUCUUUUCUUUUCGAACGGGACAUUGGUUGAGUGUCGCGCGUGUUUAAACGUCAAGAAAGAAGACUCGUCGUGUGUGUUUUUGACACAUCUCGCCAUGCUGAAUGGACAGCAUGGUGUUGCGGCCCGCUACGUACCGAACAAUUCACUUGGGAACGGCAUUUGGUGUGCGGCUCAAUACUGGCAGAAUACGCGCAGAAAACCCAAUAAGAUUUCAAAAUGGGUUGUUUCGGCAGCAAAGAUAAGUUGAGCAAAGAGGAUAUGGAUUUCCUUAAAUCACACACAAGAUACGAUGAAGCAACUAUAAAAGAAUGGUACAAAGGAUUCAAACAAGAUUGCCCAAAUGGUAGAUUAACGCCAGCAAAAUUUGUCGACAUGUACAAAAUGUUCUUCCCAUCUGGCAAUGCGGAAGAAUUCUGCGACCAUGUUUUCCGUACAUUCGAUAUGGACAAAAAUGGCUACAUCGAUUUUAAGGAAUUUCUAUUGGCCAUCGAUGUAACGUCUAGCGGGACGCCAGAAGAAAAACUAAAGUGGGCUUUCCGGAUGUAUGACGUUGAUGGAAAUGGCGUCAUUGAUAUUCAAGAAAUGACUAAGAUCGUUCAGGCAAUAUACGACAUGCUCGGCGCAUGCUCGAGCAACAGACCAGCAGACAGUGCAGAAGAGAGAGCGAAAAACAUAUUUGCAAGAAUGGAUGAAAAUAAUGACGGUCAACUUACCGAGGAGGAAUUUUUGAAAGGUUGCCUUCAAGACGAAGAGCUUUCAAAAAUGCUGGCCCCUUAAUUCCCGUGUUUUGUUUCGGGAUCGAUUAUUAAUAGUACACUGUUGUCAAAAAACAUUCGUAAAAUACCAACCGACCGAGCAACAGCGAUGAAAGCAAUUUCAGAUACAUCUGUCUUUCAUACGAAACGUAUUUGUUGUA